AUGGAGAUCUGGACGAGUGCUUUCGCAAGCAGUUCGAGCUCGCUCAAGGCCUGGGCCGCCUGGGCUGCCUUGGCCUCCGCAAUGAAACAGGCAGUCCCACAGGAUGUCAAUGCGGAGAUGCCAAGCACGUACGACGGGGAGAACGACUCCGACGACGCCGAUGUGGCCGACUUGCCGCCCGAUGAACUUGCUGAUCUCAUCCGACGGGAAGUGCUAAUGCACAACACCUCGGAGGGCACAAAAAUGGCCAUCAAUGAGAUCCUCGCUCUGGGCGCAUCCGCGGAAUCACCGCUGGAUGGAGUGAGCGGCAUGCUGGGAUGCAGCAUGAACAUACUGUCGAGGGGCUUCACCGUUGGCUGGGAGCAGACAGGCCUUGCUGCUGCGUCCUACGCUUCAAACUCCCUUGGAGGCUUCUCGAGGACUGGAAGCCCGUUCAUGAAACCGGUGGCUGGCAUUGCAGCGAACUUGCUCGAUGCGUACCUUUCGGCUGGAAAGGACAUCAGCUACCGUUUCCAGGCGACGGACGCAGCUGCCAAGCUCUAUCUUGAGGCGACGCGCGCGGCGGGCAAGAAGUCCUUCCGCGACCUUUUCCCUGAUGAUCUUCGCUCGGCGCUCACGGGAUACUCGAGCAAGCUGGCCCUGGCCUCGGGGAUCGUGCCGGGAGACACCGCUCGCUUUCAGCACGCCCUGGCGCUGGAGAGCGCGGCCAGCGAGCUGAAGGACAUGCUUUUCGGCGAUUGCGAGGACGGCCGUAUCCCCUGCUGGAAUGCCACUGGCCAGACAGACUGGUUGACGGGCAAGGUGAGGGAUAUGGCAUGUAUCGCAGAGGGCAUCAGGUGGGACCCUACCAACAUGCCUGGCCAAGCUCGCACCACAUCGGGCUGGCACGAGUGCCAAGCCAGGUGCAAAAGCGUGGCGGGUUGCCGCCAUUUCUCGUGGUGGGCGUCUGGGGCUGGAGGCUGUCACCUUCAGGAUGAAAAUGCGAAGGCCGUGCCCACGGGCCCGAGGAUUUUUUCUGGUCCACCCGAGUGCAAGGAGUCGAACAAUCUUGGCCAUUGCACGAAGAGGAGCGAUGCGUGCAUGCGGCGCCAGAAAGCUGGGGCAGGCCUGGUUCUCCAGGAGCUUGCGGCGACGCACUUUGCGAGCCUCGCCGAUAUGAUCAGCAUGAUGCCCGAGCCUACACUCACGGAGGAGGUGUUGAUCGAUACGUUCCAUGCGGUGGGUUGCCCCAACCCGGCUCCCGACACCAGAAGCUGGAAAGCCACGGCGGACGUCGUAAGGGACAGCUCCAGUGUGAUCAUGGACAUGUUCGCUCUGUGCGAGAAGCUACGCUGGCUGCAUCAGAAUGCGAAGGGGGAGGCCACCCAAGCGGAAGCCGAGCAGUGUUGCGCCGUCGCCCCGUGCAGACCAAAGCCCAACUGCAAGCGGUUGAGCAAGUUCUAUGACAGCAACGCGGAUGCCAAGCGGCUGCUGUUGGAGAAGCACGGUAGGAUCCUGGCGAGCUACAAGUCGGUCUUCGUGGCCAGCAAGUACCAAUACCUUGCCGACAGGCUCUCCAAGUUGGUGUGUGAACUUUCCGCCGACGAAACUACUGCAACCUGCAAAGAUAACGUGGAGAUCGGGUACGAGAUCGCCAAAUUUCCCGUCGAGAGCGCUUUGAAAUCCGUUCGUGACACUGCAUGGACGCGGUCAAUUGACGGAAUCAAGCUGGAUAUGGCGAACUCGUUCCAAUCAGUCCGCGUGGUGCGCAAGCGGCUCACCCAACAAGUCAUGAAGCAAUUUCGGCGUGGCGACAGCCUCCUCUCUGGGAAGGUGGUCUUGGCAGAUGAAACCAUCACCUUCACCACGGAUGGCUGGAGCCACAAGUCGGUCGUUGCAAAGAAGUCCCUCAAGGUGACGGGCACACAAUCAGGCUCCUUUUGUUUCGAGAGCGAGGACGCGAAGAAGUUCUUCAGCGAGGGCGUGGGAUGGGGUGGGGAGGAUUAUGCCGGGAAGCUCUUUGAGGUCGUCACCUCCACCGGACGGCAAGGCGUUGUGGAGAUGGAGGCCGGCGGCGAAUGCGGCGCCUGGAAGGAGAUUGGCAAACAUGACUAUAACACGCUCUGGCUUGACAAUGUGCCCAGCCAAGAGUGGAGCGUGGGUGACCAUGUCUACUUCCCAGAGGACCUCUACCAUGUCAGCGCUCGGAGUGGCAGCACCACGGAGCCUUUGACGCGAAGCUUCUACAGUCCGAUCAGUGGCAAGGGCCGCAUCUCCUUCCUCACGCGGAAGACGAAGGAGAUGCCAGCAACGACCUCCGCCAAGGUCAACGGGAAGGUUGUGCAAGCCACCGUGGUGCUGGAGAACGUGGAAGACGAGGAUGAAUUUCCAGUGUCGCUGGUCUUCGACGCCCAAUCCGGCAACCAGGAGGUAGUCUUUGAGAACGCGAACUUCCGAUCCUUCUACUUCGAAGUUGGGAAGCCCGACUCCUCAGAGCAGCAGCUGCCUCUCGAGGCUGCGUGCAUGGCGAAGGAAAAGUCUUGGACACCUACUCAUAUGGACGGCCAAAAGCGCACCGUCGGAACCUGGCAAGAGUGCCAGCAAAGGUGCAUUCAGGUUUCCGGUUGCCGUCAUUUCAGUUGGUGGGAAGAUGGCGGCUGUGGCAUUCAGGAUGAACAUGCGACGGAGAAGAGCGGCCAAGCACAUGGGGUCAUAUCCGGACCACCCACCUGCAGCGCAGGCUAUCUGCAUCAGAAUUGCGUUGCCAAAGGCACGUACCACACCUGCAUGAACAGAGGGCUGGAGAUUGACUUGAACGUGCGCGACAACUUCGUGAUCAAGUUCUACAUGCGGAUGCCGAAGCGCGCACACACCGCUGCCAGUUUCGGCUUCUACUACGACGGCUACCGUUAUUUCCGCAAUGAAAUGGAGUCGCACUUUCUCCUGGAUGCCACCCGCGGCCAGUUCUGGCAAGGGUCGAUGGCCAGCGGAAAGUAUUGGAACGUGGGCGUUGCGAAGGGUGGUGAAGUUGGUAGAGGGGCUGAGACGUGGAAGCCGGGCCAUUGGCACAAGUGGGAGGUGGCCCUGUCGUACGGCGUGCUGCUGAUCCUCAUGGACGGCGAAGUGGUGGCGCAGCAGAAGCUGACGAUUCCGGAAAUCCACCACUUUCAACUUCGGCCAUGGCGCAAUACGAUGGACGUGGCCGGGCUCUCCGUCGACUACGCCGUUUCGACCAUGAAGGUGAAGGCCAUCAGCGACGCCUGGCGAGGAAGUGAUGCAGGAAAGUACUUCGUCGUGGACAGGCAGGACAUCGCGGUCGAGUUUGAGAGUGGCACAACCUUUCUGGCUAUGCAGUGCCGCGGAGGGGCUACCAUCUGGCGCGGCCAGGUGAAGAUGUGGAACUCGUUGCAAGACCUCGAUUGGAUGAAGAAGGUCACCAUGCCCAUCCACGGCCGCAAGGAUCCCUGGGAUCAGGUUGAGGUGGGGGACUGGGAAGUCGGUGACUAUCUCACCACCGGCAUCGUUUGCCCCAAGGAUUAG